AACCACCUCUAUAGAUAUUAUAUAGAUAUAUAUAGUUUCAAGAUCGGAGGUAUUUCAGAUCUGCACAUCUUUCUUCAUCAACAAUAAUGCCCCCACCACAACCACCACCGGAGCUGCCGUCUCUCCUCCUAAUACUGUCUUUCAUCUUCCAUUUGGUUACAGUCUCAGCUCACACCUGCGCACGAGCUCCGCCGUGUCCACCAUUCACCACCACUGCACCACCAUUCCCUUUCUCCAACUCCCCUGGUUGCGGCCACCCUUCUUUCCAAAUCCAAUGCCCCUCUCCACCACUUCCGGCCACCAUAUCCAUCAACAACCACCACUUCUUUCUCCUCCACUAUGACCCCACCUCCACUUCCCUCUCCCUCCACCCCACCACCACCUCCACCACCACCACUACUAAUUGCACCACCACUCACUCACUCUCCACCAUCCCAACUCAACCCAUUAAUUUCUCCAACUCACCGUUCCAACCCACCGAUUCUUUCUGCUCUCGUCUCUCCUACCUCCGCCCUUGCCUGCCCCCAACCCUCCCAAACUGCAGCCAUUGUCCAUGGGAAUGCAAAAUUACCAAAAACCCACUUCAGAUUAUCCAUUCUUGUGGAUCUAUUCAUCCUCCACAACUCUCGAAAGAAGGCUGCCAAUACGACAUUUUAGGGUUUCUUGAUAGUUUCUUGAAAUUUGGAAUUGAAGUUGAAUGGGAAGAAAAAGAUUCUUACUUUUCAAACUGCACAGCUUGCAAAUCCAUCAAUGGCGUUUGUGGGUUCAAUUCAUCUGACCCAAAUAAACCAUUUUUAUGCUUUCAACCCUCAAUCCAACCUCAAAAAUCAUCACCGGAGGUUAGAAAACCCAAAUUACGAGUAGCAAUGAUGUCUUUAGCUGUAUUAUUUCUAUGUUUUCUACUGUUUAUCUUGAUAAGUACAUACAUUUCUAGAAGAAAAAGAAAGAACUCACCUUUAGAAGAUCCAGCGGUUAUUUACCUCCACCGCCAUCGCUCCGCCAGCCUCCUCCCGCCGGUGUUCACCUUCGAUGAGCUUCAAUCAUCGACAAACAACUUCGACCCGAACCGGAAAAUCGGAGACGGAGGUUUCGGGUCGGUUUACGUUGCUCAUCUUGAAGGAAACCGAACCUAUGCUGUCAAGUAUCUACACAAACAAAAUCCCACCUCAAAUUCAUUCUCAACGAAGUCUUUUUGCAAUGAAAUCUUGAUUUUAUCUUCGUUAAACCACCCAAAUCUCGUGAAACUUCAUGGGUAUUGUAGCGAUCCGAGAGGGUUACUAUUGGUUUAUGAGUAUGUACCCAAUGGGACUCUAUCGGAUCAUUUGCACGUUUACAAGAAACAGUGUUUGACGUGGCAAACACGAAUUGAUAUCGCGUUACAGAUCGCGUUGGCGAUCGAGUAUCUUCAUUUUUCAGUGGUGCCCCCAAUUGUUCAUAGAGACAUUACGUCGAACAACAUAUUUGCGGAUAAAGAUAUGCGCGUUCGGGUUGGGGAUUUCGGACUAUCGAGGCUGUUGGAUCCGGGUUGUGUGUGGACGGGUCCUCAGGGAACACCCGGGUACUUGGAUCCAGAUUAUUACCGGUCGUUCCGGCUGACGGAAAAGAGCGAUAUCUACAGUUUUGGGGUGGUUUUGUUGGAACUGGUGACGGGGAUGAGGGCGGUGGAUGGGCGGAGGGAUAAGAGGGAGAUGGCGUUGGCUGACAUGGCGGUGGCGAGGAUACAAAUGGGGUUGUUGGGGGAGGUGAUUGAUCCGCGGUUGGCGGCGGUGGAUGGUGGUGGUGUGGCGGCGGUGGCGGAGCUGUCAUUUCGUUGUGUAGCGGCGGAUAAGGAUGAUAGGCCGGAUGCGAGGGAAGUGGUGGCGGAGUUGCGGCGGAUUAAGGGGCGUACACGUGGUGGUGGCACGGCGGUGAGGGCGGCGAAUUCGAGCAAUGUGGUGGUUCCAGAUGGUGGGCCGAUGAUGGUGGAUUGAGUUUGGAGGUCCGAGGAGCACACCGGAAACGGAAUGCCGGUUUU